AUGUCGGUGCGGCUGGGCGCGGACGCGGUAGUUGUGCGUGCGAGGGUGCUGCCGGACCGGACAGGCGGUUGCUGCUGCGGUUGCGGCUGCGAGAUGGCGGGGCACCUUGGGCUGCGCUUGCCCGUGGCGCCGUGUGCGCGGACGCGCGGCGCGCGGCGCGCAUCCGGGGGGAACAAACAUGUGCUUUCCGGCGGCCCGGCGUUCCGCCGCGAUAGACCUUCGUCGAGGGCGUGCGCGCGAGUACGGAGCAGUCAAGCCCCCUCGUCGGCGCCGCGAUCCGACCGCGCCGCGGGCGCCGAGGAGUACAAAGCCUUCUGCGAGGCCGCGAAGACCGCGAACCUCGUGCCGCUCGUCGAGCGCGUGAUGGCGGACCAGCUCACACCCGUCCUGGCGUACCGUUGCCUUGUCGGUGAGGACGACGUCGACCACCCGUCGUUUCUCUUCGAGUCCGUCGUGAACGGCACGCAGCAGGGCCGGUACAGCUUCAUCGGCGCGCGCCCGGCGCUCGAGGUCCUGGCCCACGGCAGCAGGGUGUCGAUUCUCGACCACGUGCACGGGACGCGGGAGGAGCGCACCGUCGCGGACCCGAUGCGGAUUCCGGAGGAGAUGCAGGCGGCGUGGCGGCCCGCGCGCGCGGAGAGCCUCCCGGACGUGUUCACGGGGGGGUGGGUGGGGUUUACCGGGUAUGAAACUGUGCGGUAUGUGUAUCCCGGGAAGAUCCCGUUCGACAGCGCGCCGGAGGACGACCGCGGGCUGCCGGACCUGCACCUCGCGCUGUACAACGACACGGUCGUGUUCGACCAGGCGACGAAGCUGGCGUACUGCGUGUCGUGGGUGCACGUGGGCGACUUUGACGACGUCGAGGCGGCCUACCGCGACGGCCGCGCGCGGCUCUCCGCGCUCGCGCAGCGCAUGGAGGGCGCGCCGCCGACGCUCCAGUCCGCGCGCCUCUCGCUCUCCACCACCGAGCGGUCCUCCUGGAGCGAGACCGCCGAAAGCGACAUGGGCAAGCAAGGUUACCUGGACGGCGUGGCGAAGACGAAGGAGUACAUCCAGAGCGGGGACGUCUUCCAGCUCGUGCUCUCGCACCGCUUCGAGCGCCGCACGUUCGCGGACCCGUUCGAGGUCUACCGCGCGCUGCGCGUGGUCAACCCCUCGCCCUACAUGGUGUACCUCCAGGCGCGCGGGUGCGUGCUCGUCGCGUCGUCGCCGGAGAUCCUGUGCCGCGUGGACGGCCGCGGGGUCGUGACGAACCGCCCGCUCGCCGGGACGCGGAAGCGCGGGCGCGACGACGCGGAGGAUGUCGCGCUGGAAGAGGACCUGCUGGCGGACGAGAAGGAGCGCGCGGAGCACAUCAUGCUCGUGGACCUGGGCCGGAACGACGUGGGGAAGGUGUCGGAGGCCGGGAGCGUGACGGUGGAGCGGCUCAUGGACGUGGAGCGGUACAGCCACGUGAUGCACAUCUCGAGCACGGUGACGGGGGCGCUGAAGCGCGGGCUGAACUCGUGGGACGCGCUGCGCGCGGCGCUGCCGGCGGGGACGAUUUCCGGCGCGCCGAAGGUGCGCGCGAUGCAGAUCAUCGAUGAGCUGGAGGUGCACCGGAGGGGGCCGUACGGCGGCGGGGUGGGCCACGUGAGCUUCACGGGGGAGAUGGACAUGGCGCUGGCGCUGCGGACGAUGAUCGUGCCGACGGACACGCGCGACCAGAUGUACGCGUAUGGCCCCCCGGGGACGUUUGGGGACUGCCGUCGGGAGUGGGUGUUCCAUAUUCAGUCGGGCGCGGGGCUCGUGGCGGACUCGGUGCCGGAGGCGGAGCACGAGGAGACGGUGAACAAGGCCGCGGCGCUCGUGCGGGCGAUCGACGUGGCCGAGGAAGCCUUCGUGCGGCGCUGA